AUGGAAGGGAUGAAAGAAACAGCGACAGCCUACUACGAGAGGGCGGGCGAAGAGGAAAAUGAUUCGGCAGUAGAGUUCUUCAGAAAUCUAGAUGUGAAUGGCGACGGAAGAGUCGGUCGCUUCGAACUGAAGAGAUCCUCCAUCGGCUCCUGGUUGUCGAACAACAAAGUGUUCAAACAAUGCGAUGGAAACCUGGACUUUUACGAAUCUUUAGCUGUAUCUAUUACAUGGAGAUCCGCAAGAGCCCAUUAUUGUACGGGCUCUCCAGAAGCACUCCAGGCUUUGGCAUAUGUGUUUUUCGAAACAAUGAACAGAAAUGGAGACGGCAGGGUAGUCCUGUCGGAGUUCUUAACGUUCAUGCAGCACGAAGGCUACUCACAGAUGCGUAGCCCUUACUUCUUCAAUGAACUAGAUCUAGAUGGUAAUGGCGUUUAA